GCCCCAACAAAGACGCCGACUCGCCGCACAGCAGAAACACAGAACCGCAGGUUCGCAGCCUGAACAAAGCGCCGCCUCUGCCUUCCCUUCCUCCGGCGCGCCAGCUGCCAUGGUGAAGCGGUGGCUCCCCCUCGAGGCCAACCCUGACGUCAUGAACCAGUUCAUGUGGGGACUGGGGGUCCCCGAGGACGUGGGGUUCUGCGACGUGUACGGCCUCGACGGCGAGAUGCUCGCCAUGGUGCCCCAGCCUGUGCUCGCCGUCAUCUUGCUCUACCCCCAGGACCGGAUCAAGGAAUCCCAGUCUUCGACUGCCUCACCGGUGGAGACCAAGCAGGAGCCGAGUAAGAAGGUAUAUUUCACAAGGCAGACGAUUGGAAACGCCUGUGGAACAGUUGGUAUUAUUCAUGCACUAGGGAAUGCUGCUUCCAAAAUCAAGCUAGGUGAGGGGUCAUGUUUUGAUAGAUUUUAUAAACAAACUGCUGAUAUGGAUCCAGUCCAGCGUGCUGCAUUUCUCGAGGAGGACCAAGAAAUGGAGGAUGCUCAUUCUGCUGCUGUUUCUGCUGGUGACACAGAGGCCAAGGAUGGAGUAAUUGAACAUUAUAUUUGUUUCUCUUGUGUCGAUGGAGACCUUUAUGAGCUUGACGGAGGUAACUCGCGGCCAAUAUCCCAUGGCCCCUCGUCCCCUGAUACCUUGUUGCAGGAUGCUGCAAAAGUCAUAAAAGGAAGACUUGCACUGUAUUCUGAGUCGAACAACUUCAAUGUCAUGGCUCUUUCAGGCAGGUGAUAAUGAAUACAUAUAGCUCGAGAUAUCAACCCGUAAAGGUUCUCGUUUGCUGCAGCCUCAGUUGAGACAUAGAAGCAGAAUUUAAAAUAUUCUUCUCCCGCCUUUGUUUUAAUAUUCAAACACGGGGAAAACGAAAUAAAACGGUGAGAGCAAGUUGUCUAUGCAGAACUCGUUGGUGCCCUCACUUUGUGUCCGUACAUAGAAGAUUCAGAUUCAGAGAACGGCA